GUUUGGGGCCGAAUCCCUCGGGGUUGGGAGGUUUGGGGCUGAAUCCCAAUUUUUGGGAAGUUUGGGGCUGAAUUCCCCUGUUUGGGGAGGUUUUGGGGUGGAAUUCCCCUUUUUGGGGCCGAAUCCCCUUUUCGGGGUGGGUUUGAGGCUGAAUCCCCAUUUUUGGGAAGUUUAGGGCUGAAUUCCCCUUUUUGGGGGGGUUUUGGGGCCAAAUCUCACGGUUUGGGGAGGUUUUGGGGUGGAAUUCCCCUUUUUUGGGAAGUUUGGGGCUGAACUCCCUUUUUUGGGGCCGAAUCCCGCGGGUUUGGGAGCGUUUGGGGCUGAAUCGCCCUUUUCGCGGAGGUUUUGGGGGCGAAUCGCCCUUUUUGGGGUGGGUUUGGGUCCCAAUCUCCUUUUGGGGGUUGGGGGCGUGGUUCUGCCCCAGUGGGCGUGGUUAUUGAUCAGUGGGCGGGGCCUUGUCCCCUUAAAUGGGUCUGGGGGCGCCGCUGGGCUCAGAGGCCGCCGCGCCCCGGGCCCGGCCAUGCCGCCCCUCCCCCUCCUGCCCUUCCUCCUCCUCCUCCUCCUCCUCGGCCCCGCCCCGGGCCGCCCCUCGGGGGUGCUGGAGCUGCGCGUGCUCUCGGCGCGGGGGUCCCGGGGGUCCCUGCGGGGCCCCUCCCCCCCCCGCGUGCCGCCUCCAGUUCCGGCUGUGCCUGCGCCCCCCCGGGGGGAGGGGCUGCAGCCUGGGGGUCGCUCAGAGCCCCCCCGGGCCCCCCCCCGCGCCCGGAGCCCCCCGCACGCUGCGGCUGCCGCUGGCCUUCCCCUGGCCGGGCAGCGUCUCGCUCGUGGUCGAGUCCUGGCGGCUGCAGGAGAGCGGAGCCCCCGGGCCCCCCCUGCGCCUCGUGUCCCGCGCGGAGUCGCGGCCGCGCCUGAGCCCGGGGGCCCUGGCGGGGGGGGGCGGGGGGUGGGCUGCGCUUCGGGGCGCGCCUGCGCUGCCCCUCCCCCCGCUGCCCCCUGCGGCUGCCGGAGCCGCUGCUGCGCCCCCGGGGGUGUCGGGGGGGUCCCUGCGCCCCCCACCCCAGCGCCUGCGGCACCGGCGGCGGCUGCGCGGCGGCCAGUGCCGACUCGCAGGGGCGCUGCCCGGGCUUCUGCCGCUGCCCCGCUGGAGCCUUCUUUCGGCCGCCGCUACAGCACAACGCGACGACUGCAGCCUGAACCCGUGCGCUCACGGCGGCAUCGUGCCAGACGGCGCCAACGCCUUCACGUGCACGUGCACGCUGGGCUUCGCGGGCCUGCGCUGCCGCCGCCGCCGCGCUGGCGCGUGCGCUAAGCUCAACCUGCAGGAGUACGGCGGCACGUGCUGGCCGCACUUUCGGCCCGUGUGUGCGUGCGCGCCGGGCUUCAUGGGCGGCAGGCGCUUCGG